AUGGGUGACGCGGCAUUUGUACCGGAGCAUGUUCUCAUCAUUUUCUAUCAGUUGAUGCCAGUAGAGCUGAAAGACGUUAUCCGAGACAAAUUCCCCGAUGCCGAGGUCACUAUUUACGAUGUUCAGCCAGGUGUUCCUGUGCCAUCUGAAGUAUAUCGAAAGGCCACUAUUCUCGCGACUUUCACGGAUCUUCCAGACCUCAAGGACUCGAAGAACCUUAAAUUAAUUCACACCUACUCUGCUGGCGUGGAUCAUCUUUUGCAAAAUCCAAUUUUGCUAGAAACUAAAAUCCCCAUCACUACGAGCUCGGGUAUUCACGGUCCUCCCAUUGCCGAAUGGACCGUGAUGAAUUGGCUGGUAUCAUCCCGGAAAUAUGUCAAGGGCUAUGAGGCCCAGAAAUCCCACUCGUGGGAUAAGAAUGCGUACGGGCCAGGUCUUCACGAUCAAGUGGGCAAGAAGGUGGGUAUUCUAGGAUACGGAAGUAUCGGGCGCCAAAUCGCCCGCGUCUCGCAGGCAUUGGGCAUGACCGUCCACGCAUACACGGCCACCCCACGCCCAACACCUGAAUCCCGCCAUGACACCGGCUACAUCGUGCCCGGAACCGGAGAUCCAGACGGCUCAAUUCCGGCAUCGUGGCACCACGGAACAGACCGCGAAGCUAUUCGCUCUUUCUUAUCUACCGGGCUAGACCAUCUGGUUGUCUCACUUCCGCUGACUCCGCAAACAACCCAUCUCCUCGGCGCAGAGGAAUUCGCCAUUCUAUCUGACCGGAGUCAUCACCAUACGAGCAAGCCUUACGUGACCAACAUCUCCCGAGGCAAGGUUAUCGAUCAGAAGGCGUUGGUCGAUGCGCUGAAUUCUGGGGUCCUGGGUGGUGCCGCACUUGAUGUCACUGAUCCCGAACCUCUUCCUAAGGAUGAUCCUCUCUGGGAUGCGCUCAAUGUUCAGAUCAGUCCACAUGUCAGCGCUCUUGGAGUGGAGUAUUUCCCGCGCUCUCUUGAUAUCCUGGCAUUAAACCUGGAGCGCAUCGCUCAGGGUGAGCCGUUAAUCAACUCUUAUACACGGGGCAAAGGGUAUUAG